CAGGUGGGAGUAUUUCUUCCUUCUUCACUGCUGCCUCAGUCUUCUCGUUAUAGUCCGUGACGGAUACAGCAAGUUACAAAAGUCAUAUUUACCAUCACACAUAAGUACAAAUAUUUCUAAACUGUGAUUUUAAUGGCAAAAAAAAAAAUCACAAAAACUAAAUCCUGAUAGGCCUGAUGAAUGUAAGAUGUUCAAAACUCCACACAUUUCUAGUCCCUUCGGUUUUCUCCAGCUUCAUGCUUCAUGACUGUAAUUUUGCUCCGAAAGCUUGAUAGAGUUUACCACUGAAGUGAUGUUCGCCAGAUGCACUCCAGCUUCCUGCUGCACUUCUCUGUUAGCACAUUUCUCCCAAGUUUCUUUGUCAGAGACAUAAAUCAGGGCCAUAUUUACCAGGAAACCACAAGUGUUUUCCUUCCUCAAUUCUUAAGAUAAAGUUCUGUUUCUCAAAAUUAGGGUCAUGGCAUGAAAAAGAAAAAAGAUAACGCUCUUCCAAGUGUAGCUAUUUCCACAUCAGGGUUUACUAAAAAUGAUCGAGUGCUCUCCAUGAUUUAACAGCCCAUUCAACACCAAUAACUCUCGGUAGUUGUUUACUAUCUGAUUUUAGCAGCUUUAGAGCAUUGCUUUACUUUCUUGAGGUUUUAAACAGCAAGGAAUCCCAUAUCAUCACAACUCCAGCACCAUGCUUUGAUUCUCAAGAGAAUACACAACAAGAUAAGUUGACAAAGAAAUAGGCAGAUGGCAGAAAUUGGUAGAUUUUCAAUUUGAUUGACGCUUAUUAAUGACUGGAUGAUUUCAGACUUGCCUUUUUUUAUUAUUCAUAUGUUUAUUGAUAUUUUUGCAUAUGGAACAAAGGUGUUUACAUAUUCCAGGGUGUAAAAGUGUUGAGCAUAAACAAACUGUUUACACCAUUGACUUUUAAGAUGCAUAUUUUCAGGAACAAAGAACACACACAGAACACCAACAAUAGUAAAACAGAGAAAUAAAACCAAUAGUAAAAACACAUGCAUAUAUAUAUACACCUAAACACACAUGUUCACCUCUGAAAAGAAAAAAAAAAGAAGCAACAAACUCAAUAAAUGGUUGCCAUUUAGAGUAGAAUUUGUUCCAAGAUUCCAGUUUUUGUAUAUCUAAUUUUCUCAACUUUCAAAAAGGACAUGACCUCAUUUAUCCACAUUGUGCUGGAUGGAGCUCUAGUUGAUUUCCAGUUACAGAGAAGGUGGCGCCUAGUGAUCAUAGAGGUAAAAGCUAUCACUUCCAACUCUCUUGCGGAGUACUGACUAUAUUGCUCUGGGAGUCCAAAGAUACCAGUAUGAGCUGAAGAGUCAAUAGUUCUCGAAAGUACAACAGACAUGGUGUGAAAGUAAAUUUGUCAGAAAUUUGUGAGGGCUGAGCAUGUGAAAAACAUGUGCAAGAUUGCAGGGUGAGCUUCCACAGCAGUCGCAAACAUCUACCACAUUUGGGUAGAUCUGUGCCAGCCUAGUUUUUGAAUAAUGACAUCUGAAUGCCACUUUGAACUGUAUCAAGCUCAGGUGGGGACAUAUAGAAGUUUUGCGAAUGGCUGUCAGGGCAGCCUCCCACCAAUGAUCAUCAAAAAUCAGCCCCAGUUCAUGCUCCCAAGCUCUCAGUGUUCGUAGUUAAAAAGACAUCAUAUGAUUGAAUCGAGUUAUAAAUCUUUGAAAUUAAAGACCUUUGCAAGGGGUUAAGUUGUAUAAGUUUGCCCCACAGCUGCUCAGGUGGUCAUUGAGGGAAGUUGGGAAAUAAGGAUUUUGCACAGGCCCUUAUCUGGACGUAUCUGAACAAAUGGGAGGGUGGGAGAUCGAAUUCAGAAGCCAAAUCAGUGAAAGACCAAAACAACCCUUCCCUAUAUAAAUCCUUGAAACAUUUUAGUCCCUUAUCCUGCCAUAAGGAGAAGGCCAGGUCAGUAAGAGCAGGUGUAAACACCAGGUUUUUUUUAAAAGUGGGGUCAAGACUAUAGGAUCUGUAAAUUUAAACUGUUUCCUAAACUGAAACCAUAUUCUCAAGGUAUCUACAACUAUGAGGUUAUUGGUUUGGCCAGAAGGAUUCAGAGGUUGAACCUGUAAGCAAAGCCAAAAGUGAGGCUGAGGGACAUGAAUGUGUUUCUAGUUGACACCAGGGUAUAUCAACUGAAUUGGACCAGAAAGCAAUUUUAGUUAGCUUAAAAGGAACAUCAGAUUGGGAGAGCUGCAGGGCUAAAUGGUUAACAGGAUAACAUUUACUCUUGGCGACAUUAACUUUAUACCCUGAGAACUGGCCGAAUCUGUGAAAGAACUCAACAAUUGUGGGGCAGGUUCCUAUUGAAUCGGUGAAAUAUAAAAGCAAAUCAUCUGCAUACAACGAUAGCCUUAGUUCUGCAUGACUCCUGGUGAUUCCAUUAACACUGGGAGAAGUUCUCAGAAAAAUACUCAAAGGCUUUAUUGCAAGUGCAAACAAGAGGGGUGACAGGGGGCAGCCCUGUCUGCAACCUCUAUUUAAAAAGAAGUAUCCGGUUUGGUUGUUAUUGGUAAUAAUACUGGCACAGGGCAGUGUAUAAAGAAGGCAUAUCCAUGACAUAAAAUUUUUACCAAAUUAAAAAUUUAGUUAAAACAGCAAACAGGUAUCCUGUGUCCACAUUCAUUAAAGAUAUUGGCCUAUAAGAGGUACAGAGGUCAGGAUCCUUGUCCCUCUUAAAGAGAACGCUGGAUAGAAACCUGUCUUGGCGAAGGGGGAAGUGAGCCGAGUGUCAGAGACUCAACAUAGACAGAAUGAAGCAAUGGGAUCAGUUUGGCUUGGAAUGCUUUAAAAAAAAAAAAAUCAGCUGGGAACCCGUCGGGUCCUGGAGCUUUGUUGUUUUGCAUAUUUUGUAAAGCAGCAUUUAACUCCUGAACAGUCAGACCAGAUUCUAGGUGAUCAAUCAGUUCUGAGUGUAAAGGGGGAAACUGAAGCUCGUCUAGAAACGUAUGCAUAUCAGUCAAAUCCAAUGGGAGUUCAGAUUUAUACAGGAACUCAUAGAAUGAUGAAAAAACCGAAUUAAUAACCUGCAUGUAGUCCUGCAGGUCCCCAGAUCUGUCUUUAAUACGACAUAUUAAAUGUGAAGCUGCUUGACAGAGCAAUUGGUGAGCUAGUAAUCUGCUGGGCCUGUCGCCAUAUUCAUAGGUCCUAGCACGAGAAUGAAGCAAAAGGCGCUCUGCCUCAUUAGUUCUAAUGAGAUCCAUCUCAGUUUGUAAGACCAAGCGACGCUUUGAAAGACUGUCAGAUGGGGCAGCUACAAGCUGUUGGUCAACCAAUUCCAACUCGGAAGUAAGCUUCUAAAUGUUUGACAUCCUCCAUUUCCUCUCAUGUGCAGAAUAUGAAAUUAUAUGACCACGUAGGUAUGCCUUCAAAGAAUCCCACAGGAGCGCCCUAGAGAUUGGUUCAGAAUCAGUCAUUAAAGGCAAUGAAAUCCUCUACUGCAUCCGUAAUAAAUUUGUGAAAUUUACCAUCUGAUAAUAGUGAAGUGUUAAAUCGCCAUUGAGAGGGAUAGCGAGGCCCAGGUGAAAUCUUAAGAUUGAGAGACAGGAGCGUGAUCCGAAAUAAUGAUAGGGUGAUAUGCAACAUUUGAUACUUUAGGCAUAAAUUUAGCAUCUACAAAAAAAUAAUCUAUGCGUGAAAAAGUCUGGUGAACAUGUGAAUAAAAAGAAUACUGCCUAUUGUUCGGAUUACAAGAUCUCCAGGGGUCAACACAACCAUUAUUUAGCAUGAAACUAUGUAGGGUUCUAGCCAUUGACGAUUGGGCUAGGACAGGUUUAGAACGGUCUAACUGAGGAUUAAUAGUACAGUUCAUGUCCCCUCCAAAGAUUCUACCUUCAAAGAAGGUGGAAUUUCAAACGACUUGUUCGUCAAACAUGGAUUGUCAAAAUUAGGAGCAUAUACAUUGACUAGCAGGGUGUUUACAUGGAAUAGAGAACCUAACACUAUCAGAUAUCCGUCGUCUCUGUCUGAGAUGGUUUUGGUCAAUGUGAAUAGUACAGAUUUACCUAUUAAGAUAGCAACCCCUCUAGCCUUUGAAUUAAAACUAUAGUGGAGUACCUCUGCAACCAAAGGACACUUAAGUCUAAACUGGUCUUUAUUUCUCAUGUGGGUCUCCUGUAAUAAAACAAUGUCAGGUUUCAAACGCUUUAAAUGAGAAAACACCCUACUCCGCUUGAUAGUACCAACUAAACCUCGAAUAUUCCAGCUGAUAAAUCUUACAUUUGAGUUGUUUGCAUUAGCCAUGUGAGAUAUGCGUUAACAUUGAUGAGGCAACCAGAAUCCGCCCCCACGCACCAGGCACAAGGAUGGGAAACAGGACAAAAAACAACAGCAAAAGCAAAAAAAAAAAAAAAAGAAAACAAGACAAUAUUUCUGAACUGACACAUCCCACCCCCCUCCCCCAGAUGGCACCUACCACUACCCCAAACGACGGGAUACCAGCUCAAACUCCAAAUGGAGUCAUGAGCCUAAAGACUAAACUUAAGAUUUUGUACCCAACAGUCAUCCUCGAUUCACUCCAACUCAGCUGGAGCUCCUGCAAACACAUGUAAACAUAAGUGUGGCUAAGAACAGAACAGAUACAUUACAUGUCGCCUAACCCUCUUCUGCCUACGGCCGGCCUGGACCGAGCAAUAUGAGCGGCUCCAUUCACAACAAAUUAAACUAUGCAAGAAUGAAAGGUGUUUUCACGAAGGCAGUCGCCUCCACAGGUGAAGUAAACUCUCUCGUGACACCUGCUUUAGUGAUGCAGAGACGAGCUGGAUGCAGCAGCCCAAACCGUAUGUCCGGCACCUCUCUAAGCCGGCGUCUGACGUCAUUGAAGGCUGCACGGGCUUUUGCGGUCCGAGCGGUAAAAUCAGGGAAGAUGGAGAUUGUGAAAUCCCCCACUUUUAACCGCUGCUGGGCUCAGGCACGUUGUAAAAUAUCGGCGUAGUCCGCGUAAUAAUGUAAACGAGCUAUAAUGGGACGAGGCCGCUCACUGGGCAGCCGAUCACAUUCACCCAAUUAGGGGACAAUUAAUUUCACCUGCUGCAGGCGGUACUUUCUGUUUUAGUUCUUCGUUGGUUGUCUUCCAGCACAUUCUUGUCACGAAAGAAACCUAAAUCUGAAUGUUUCCUGUAGUCCUGCAUCACAUGAACAGGACAAUGACCAGACACUUGCACCUUUAUUCAUUCAGCAGUUUUCUGCCGACACCCGUUUCCCCAGCUAGACCUGCCUGGUGAGUCUGGCCCCACCCAUCUCUUCUUUUUGCUUUCUCUCACCUAAGACUCAACAUUUUCCUCCUGAGAAUCUGGACUGCGCACAACCUUUAAUCUUGAGGACUCUCAGCUAAACAUCUCUGGGCUUUCUUCGUAUUUGGCUAAAUCACAAUGAGUGGGAAGCUGUGGACGGAGGAGCAGUUCAACUGCCCUGUGUGUCUUGAUCUCCCCAAUGAUCCGGUCACCAUACCUUGUGGACACAGCUACUGCAUGGCUUGCAUCAGAGACUUCUGGAGCAAGGAUGACCCCAAAGGGAUUUACAGCUGUCCCCAGUGCCGCCAGACCUUCUGCCCCAAGCCGCCCUUAUCCAGAAACACCAUGCUGGCUGAGGCUGUGGAGCAGCUCCGCAAAGGGGCCCUCACAUCAGAAGUUCGAGACUCCAUCCGAAGCACUCGCGGGUUGUCCUCUAGAUCCAAGUCCAGGCUGUCCACCGGAGCCGUUCUGUGCGACAUGUGCAAAGGGGAGCAGCGUGCCGCUGUGAAGAGCUGCUUGGCGUGCAUGAGCUCCUUCUGCGAGACCCACCUGAAGCCUCACCAGACCAAGAAGUCUCUCAAGCAGCAUGAGCUCAUCCCACCAACCAGCAAUCUGGCGGAAAAGAUCUGCACCCAGCACAAGUACCUGCAGGAGUUCUUCUGUCGCCAGUGCAAGAUGUUUGUCUGCUGGCUGUGCACCAGCAAUCAGCAUAAAGACCACGAGUGUGUGUCCUCCAAGGCUGAACGGCAGGAGAGACAGAAGCUGCUGUCAGACAUCCAAGCAGACAACCAGCAGAAGCUGAAACACAGGGAGCAGGAGCUGAAGGAUAUGAAGAAGAUGAUGGAAGGAGUGAAGCGCUCUGCGGACAGGGUGCACGACGAGACGGAGAACAUUCUGGGUGAGCUGCUGCGCUCCGUGGAGCGGCUGCAGGAGCUGCUGGAGGAGGUGCUGGACCAGGCCAGCCUGGGGAAGAUGAACCAGGCCCAGGAGGUCGCCGAAAACCUGGAGGCUGAGAUCAGGGAGCGGAGGAAGAGGGACACAGAAAUGAGGGACCUGGCGGACUGCGCGGACAACAUCUACUACCUGCAGACGUGCGACACCAUGAGCAGUCCCCUGGAAUGCGGCGACCUGCCGGCCGUGCAAGUCAAUCAUAGUGCGACCUUUGAACCUGUUCGGGAAGCGGUGCUGGCCCUCAGGGACCGAGUGGAGGAUCUGUGCAAUCAGGAACUGGGGAAGAUCAACAAGCAAGUCAAUGAAACCAAACUGUUCACUUUGGGAAACUCCAGCCGGUUGGGAGGGAAAAAAGUGUUUCGUGAUUUGUUUUCUGGGCUGAGUAAAAACACAGACACCCGUACCCCGACUUCAACCAUUACACUGGAUGUCCGAAGUACAGAUCGACAAGGAGCAGCACUCAGAGGUGCUGACGUGAGGAGCAGGGACGCCCCUCGAGACAGAGGAAACACAAAUUCACCCAGAAUGGGGAACAGACGGAGACGAGAGGAGAGAGAGGCUGAGCGAGAGUCUAACCCCAGCCCCACCCCCAGCCGCAGAGGGGGCCCGUCUCUAUGGAGCAGGUCUAGUCAAAACCCGGUUGCCCCUCCUGCAGCUAUGACUCCGACUCCAAUCCCAGCCACUCUGACUCCCACUCCAGUUCCUGCUCCUUCUCCAGCUCCUGCUUCAUCUGGCGCGUUCAGCAGGAUGGCGUCGAUCACCAGCCUGUUUCGCUCACACCGACGAGGCGCCAACCAGGCCACCCCGGUUAAUGACGCCGCAGCCGCAGGAGGAAACCUUGGCAGGAUGGCAGAUCUGUUAGAAACACCAACUGAGAUUAACCCAGGUCUGUUCUUGGACACGCCUCUGCCGAACGCCAUGACUCAAGCUCCAGCUUUUCCUGCAUUGAGAGAAAUCAACCUCGACAGCAUCCAGGCACCAGAACCGAGAUCCAGAGAGGAGUUUCUCCAGUAUUCUGUGAUCCUGACCCUUGACCCCUACACAGCUCACAAGCGCUUGGUACUCUCCGAAGGCAACACCAAGGCGACUCUGCAGGGUUCGACGCAGCCGUACGCCGACACGCCCCAGCGCUUUGACGGCUGGACCCAGGUGAUGUGCCAGAGCCCGCUGCAGGCCCAGCGCUCCUACUGGGAGGUGGAGUGGAGGGGGCGGGGCUCCUCAGUGGGCGUGGCCUACGGCUCGCUGAGCAGGAAGGGCAACGACGCCCGAUCUGGCCUCGGCUACAACGCCCAGUCCUGGACAUUGGAGCUGUCCGACACCUGCUGCUCGGCCAUGCACGCCAACGAGAAGAGGGACAUCCCCGUCACCUACUCACCCCGCCUGGGCGUCUACGCCGAUCUGUCGGCGGGGAUGCUGUCAUUCUACAGUGUGGCAGACAACAUGAUGCACCUCCACAGCUUCAGGGCUAACUUCACCCAGCCCAUUUAUGCAACGUUUGGAGUGGGUUGCGGGGUCGGGGUGGGUCUGGACUUCGCCCUGGGGCAGUUCUCAUCCAGCUCCGACAGCAUUAAGAUCUGUCCGCUGUGAGGCAGCGGGUCAGAGCACUGAACGAUUAAACCGAGAGGUAAAACUAUCUAGAGUCUGGUCAUAAGGAUUCAAAUGCAGUCCCCAUCCCCUUCACCCUGUUUUCUUUAAAAUGUAAUGUAUGGAUCAACACAAAUUGGUGCAAAAUUGAAAGUUUUAAGUCAAAUUUUACAAAUAAAAUCUGAGUGUGGAAUGCAUUUGUAUUCA